AAACACGGGUGGUUUACGUACAUUGUGCGUGGUUAUAGUGGUUUUUUUUUAUUAUUAUUAUUAUUUUUUUUUAUAACAUCCAAAAUCACACAUAUACAAAUAAAAGUAAUAGUGUUUCUGUGUUUAGGUUAUGGAAAAAUCAUUAUUUUACUUUUUGGGCGUUUGUCUGAUGGUUCAAUUGGUAAAUGAUUACACCAGCAAUUAUACUGAAUAUGUGGUCAUAGGAAUUUUGACAUCGUCGGCGCUUUGGUACGGUUACUGUUUUUUGAUUAAACCGUUGAAUAUACAAAGGGUAAUUAAUGAUUAUUAUUAAUCAUAUACGAAUACACAGCAUAUUAUAUACCUAUAUACUAUAUAUUAUAUAAAAUACGAAGACAAUCGAUCGAUCGGUGUCCCGUAUCAUAUAUUAUAAACAAUAAAUAUUUUGUAAACACUUUAUGCAGACGCGCACCUAUUUUAUUUUUAAUAUAUAGAAAUUAGCGGACGUGGGUUACGAAAAAUACUUCACGGAAAACCAGUGGGUGUCAAAGGAUAAAUUACACCAAAUACGUGCUAUGAUGAGACUCCGAAAAAAGGGAGCGUUACCACCCGUCUACCCUAACGGGUGGUUUGCACUCCUGGACUCUGACCAAGUCAACAUCAACCAAGUUAAAUACGUGGCGGCUCUAGGUGGGUAUAUUUUAAUUUUUUUUUAAACAUGCUGUAAAGUUUGAGGACAGGGACAAUUCUUCACGGAGGGAUAAAGGUGCAGUGUUGUAUAAAAUCCAAAAACGUUCUAAAAUCAUUAUUUAAAAUAGGCACUUGAAACAUGAGGUAAUAUAAGUAUCACAUAAUAUUUUUUAGAUAUUAAAAUAAUAGUUGUAAUAAUUUGAUUUAUAUAUUAUAUUACCCGUGAACAGUAUAACUCCGUCACUAAAGUUGAAAUUUCCCCCAGCAGACUUGUUGUUAUAAUACUUCUCUAUUUAUUAUAUUUUUGUUUUGAUUUUUAAAUACAUUGAUAUCCACUGACCACUUUUACCCUAUUCCCUGCUCUAUAUCAUGGUCUACUACAGUAUUAACCAUCCCAUAUGUUAGGUAUAGGAAGUAUCCUAAAAGAAAUCAUUCUUCCGAUAACGAUAAGGAAUCGGACAAAAAAAGUUACGUCAAAAUAGGUAAAGCAGUUCUUGAGAUUUUUGCUAGCAUAUAGACAGUGGGAACAGAAGUUGAAAAUUCAAACUUUUUAAAGGGAACAUACUUGAUAUAUAUCAAGACAUAAGACUUAUACAUCCUUAACUACAGUUAUAUUUAUAUAUACACAUUUUAACCAUAUUAAUUACUAUGAUGAGUCUAUAGGGAUAUUUAAAAUCAGUAUUUCCUGUGAAAACAUGAAAUUUAUGUAUAUGAUUAGUCGAGAAGAGGUAUGAAAGCUGAAACCACACCAAAAGGCACAUCAUUAGUACACCAUACAUACAAAAUGUUAUCCUCCUAACUUCAUUUGGGAGACUAGAAAUGUAUAAAAUAAAAAAACACCAUUCUUCCACAAAAGCACGGUGAAAUUCAUAUUGAAACAUAUCACUUCAAACCAUUUAUAAAUAAAACUCCAAUUUCUGAGUUUGAGCUCAUUUUGUCCAGAAAGAGCUGCUGAAAGUAUCCAAAUGUAACGAACAAAUAUAUAUAAUAAUAUUAUAUUGGGUAAUCAUUAUAAAAUAUAUAGGUAACAUUUAUUACAUUAAUGUAUAAUAUAUAUAAAAGAUAUGUGGGAAAUUCAUCGAAAAAACAUUCUGGUAUAGUAAAUUUUCCAAAAAAAUGAUAUUAUAAUUUUAUACAUUAUAUUAUAAUAUAGUCGAUUGGUACCUAUAGCUAUUACAAAUGAAAAUUAACUACAUGUUUAAAAUACAACAUUUCCUAUUUUUGCCCUUUGUCAUGUUUUAAGCAGUAGCCGUAAAGAGGAAAAGAUUUUUUCUGCGUCGUGGCUGUAAUUUUAAUAUUAACAAUGUAGCUAAAAUUUAAAUGAUGUGAAUAAAGUAUAGUAAAUAGAAUCAAAAUGAUUUAAUAUUUCGUGAGCAAAAUUUAAAUUUAGAAUCUUAAAUUUUAGAUACCAUUCUUAAUCUCUGGAACCAAACACAUAUAAUACAUAUUGAUUCGAUGUUUAUACCAAUAUUAUACUCGUGUAACCUUAAUAAUUAUAGUUUUUAAUAUUAUAAAAAUUUAAAAUUUAAAUUAUUUCAGUUAAUUAAUUUACUUAACUAGUUUUCAUUUGUAGGCGAAAAUUUCGCAGUAUUUCGUUCGUCUUACGGUGACGUCAACAUAUUGAAUGCUUAUUGUCCUCAUCUGGGGGCUAAUAUGGCUGUUGGAGGGAUAGUCAGAGGAAACUGUCUCCAAUGUCCAUUUCAUGGAUGGAAAUUUGACGGUAAAGACGGAAAAUGUGUUGAAAUACCAAAUAAUGGUUCAAACGGUAAAUAAUUUUGUUACUUUUCACAUAGUAUUUUAUACGUAGGAACAAUGUAUUAUAGGUACCUAUACAGAGUGUUUCACAGAGAUAUAUCGAUUUUGAUAUUUCUGAAAUUAUAAACUUCUUCGGAAUUUUUUUUUUAGCAAUUUAAGAAAUAAGCAGCUCUCAAAUUUUACAUUUCUGUGAUUAUUUACCACCUUUAUUUUUGGAGAUGAAACGAUUACCUAAUAAAUACAAAAUUAAGUGUGAUCACAAAUAAUGGAAACAUACAAUUUUAAAGCUAUUAGACAAGAUUUCCAAAAUGUUUUUCUUUCAUACACAUUUCUUCAAAAAAAUAUUAUACUAAUAAGAUUUAUAAAUAAAUCGUACCUUAUCCUUGAAUAUUAUACCAUGCAUAUUUUUGCUCAAUAAAAAUUAAGCAAAAUAGAGUCUGAAUACAUAGAAUCUAAUAGGUAUUAGAUAAUUUAUUUUUAAUAAAACUAAUUUGAGUUUCAAUAAUUUCAUUCAAAAUACCUCAGUGACUCAAUAACCAAAGCGUCCCACCGAAAUUCGAAGAUUUAAGCUAAACAUUUUAAACUGAUCAUUUUACCUUAAAUAAGAAAGGGAGACUCCGUCCUUCCACUUUAACCACUGGCAAUAAGUAUAUUUUCACAAGCACCGUGUAAAAUUGCAUAUACUACAUAAAUAUAUUAUAUGCAUGCAGUUUUACCCAAAUCAUCGGUAAGAAAAUGGCAAUCGCACGAGGCCAAUGGAUUCAUAUUUGUGUGGUAUCACGUAGAAAACGAAGAGCCUUCGUGGUAUCCGCCCAGAGUAAAAGAGAUUAGCGAAUGGGCGUACCGGGGUCGAAGUGAACACUAUGUAAACGCUCACAUACAAGAUAUUCCUGAAAACGGCGCAGACGUUUCCCAUUUAUCAAUGUUACAUGGCGAUAUGGCACUUGGUGGCCAGUAUGCUGCACAAGCAAAUACGUCCUUGUGGAAAAUUGUCGGCACCCAUAAAUGGAAAGCCGCGUGGAAGGUUGAAGAAAAUCAAAAACACGUGUCUAUACUUGACUUAGAACAUAAACUAGAAAUUUUAAAGAAAUUUACUGUUUUCAAAAUGAACGUCGAAGCACAUCAGGUAAGCACCCGAAAUGGAAUUACCAUUCCAUGCAAGUAACACACUCAGCUACUAUUUUCCCGUUUUAAACCUAUAGCUAACAAAAAAAAAAAAAAAUUACCAAAUAUUUCAAUUAUUGCUUGAUAUUUAUAUAAGUUACUUGAUACUAUAACGUUGAUAUCGUUUGUUGUUAUAUUUUUAAAAUUAAAAAUAAUGUAAUAAAUAACAAAAAAUAUCAUUCAACGAAAAUGAAUAUUGGGAUGGGAUAAGACUGCUCUAAUGAAAAAUGGCAUGAAUACAGUGAUAAUGAUACAGAGACCAGAAAUGUUCAUUGAAUAGGUUACUUACCUAUGUUAAUAUUUUCUAUAGAAGUGGACGUGUGGUAUGGUUUUCGAAAUAUUCCGGCACGUAUAGCUUAUAGCUAUAUAUUUAACACUUUUGAAAACAUUGUUGGUUUUAUGUGAAUAACAUUUUGUUGGUUUCGAAAAACUAUCGACAAAUUUGAAACAAGGCUUAAGGUGUAUUUGUUCGUAAAACAAAAAGUUGAGCGUAAUAAUAGAUAGUUCAUGUAUUUAUUUUUUCUUGUGUUUUAAGUUAAAAUUUAUGAUAAAAUUCAUAAAUACCAAUUCAAUUUAAAUGUUUGAACAAAAUUAAUCAAAUUCUGCUUAAAAUAAUUGUUUGUUUGAAUAAAAUAAUUUAUCGAUGAUUUAUCGAUGCAUGCAUAAAAUAUCUAUAUAAACCAAAUCACCAAGGUAUAGUAUGUAGAUACUUAUAUCCUACCUAACUUUCCACUUAUAACCUCAUUCUCUGAUUCAAAUAGGUACUGGUUAAUACGAUAUUAUAUAAUACGAUAUACGUAUAUAAUACGAUACGUAUUAUUGAAUAAUAUUAUAUCAUGCAUACAGUAUAUACAAAUAAUAAAAUAGAAAAACAAAUACAAUUUGUUGGUAAUAAUUUAUUUCGUUGUAUCCAAAAAAACAUAUUGCUUAGUUAAUUAAUUAUCUAUAUUCCAUUUCUGCUUUUCACCUUUUACUGGUAUCAAACAAAUUAUUUUAUCGAUUAUUUUGUUAAAUUUUAAUAAUUACACAUCUAUGAGAAAUAAUAUUUGUUUUUAAAAUAAAAUGUUGAUUAAUAAUAUUCAUAAUGGUUUAUAAUUGGUCGAAUUAAGUUUGUUAAAUAAUCACUUGAUGGUCAACAUUGAAUGAAUUGAAAAUCGGAAACUUUUUUGUAGCACUUUUAAUCUUGUUAUUAGUUUGUUACCUAAGAAAGUCGAUUUUUGAUUUUCUCUGAAGUUAUUUUAAUAAUUUAGCAAAACUGAAAAAAAAAAACAUAAAAAGAACAGGAAAAUUGCUUUCCGAUUUUUUCCCAAUUAUUUUGAAAACCCCUAAAAAAAAAAUCCAAAAAUUACUUCUUCAAUGUACCAUCUAAAUUUCAGAAAAGGUUCUACACCCUUUCAUUGGAGAAAGAUUUUUUUUUGUUCAAAAAGUUGUUCACAGACAAAAAAAUACAUAAAACUACUGGUUUUAUGUAUUUAAAGUAAUACUCCGUUUAUUUAUGGAAUUUUUAAUCUAGGUUAUUAUUUGAAAAACCAAAGUAUCACCACAGGUUGUGAAAAAUCGAAGUAUUAAAAAAUAUCGGCUUUAAUUACCCUUAAAAAAGAGCCGUAUUUUACGCCCUUCUCCAUCCCCACAUAUAAAUCAUCUUUUCAAAUUUUUUUUUAGUUAUAUUCCUUUAUUUUUAUAUCAUUUUAGAUUCUGAGAAGAGCGAAGAAGCUUAUAUGGUUUUUCAAAGAUGUAUUUUUUUCUGUGAAUUACUUUUCUACCAGUGAACUAGCUCCGAUUUUUAAUUGUAGCACUUUUUCUUAUAGGAAAUCAGAUGGGAAGGUAUUUUAGAAGGGUAACUUUUCGAUUUUCUCAAGGUUCUUCCCAGCAAAUGUGAAAAACCAGGAAAAAACAUGGGAAAACCGGGAAAAUCCAGAGGUCAUUAAAUAAAUUUGAUUAAAGAUAAUUUAUAACACCUAUUUAAUUAUUUGACCAUAACAUGAUAUGUAUAUUGUUGACAAAGCAUCACUAUCAACUGAAUUUCACUCAGAAUCGUAAAUUUUCAUAAGUAGUUUUCCUCUUUUCUAAAUCCAAAUUUAAAUCUGGUCGAAAAUUAAGAAAUAAGUGUUAAAUUUGAAAUGUUUGAAUUUAUCAUCAAGACAUAUUUCUAACUAUUUCCUUCGUCAAAAAAUCGUUUACGUUUUAUUUUACGUUGGUUACUUGUUCUUAAACUUAAAAUUCCACAUUUUUUAAUAACUCGAGUUUUAUAGUCGUUAUACAUGCCAUCACAACGAUUAUAUGGAUAUAUACAGUGACGUGCUCAGGAAAUAUCAAUGGGAGUGUAUGUAGUAAAUAAGAAUCGUGAAUAAAUCGUAAAAUCCUCUUCUAUCUACUCAACUCGAUUAUGAUAAUUGGUAAUUUAAAAGUCGGAUCAUGAAAAAAACCAAUUUCCAAUCAAUGCAUCAAUCUUUUCUUCGUAUAGGCUGAUAUAUGCAUUUCAAUAAUAGAUAACACAUAUUUUGUUUGUAUUUUUAAACAAAUGGGGGGAUAUAACCCCAAUCCUCCCCUCCCCUUAAGCACGCCACUGGAUACAAAUUAAUGAAUUAUUGAAUUAUAGAAUAUAAUAUAUCUUAGACCGUGAGGAAAACAAAUAAAAAUAAUGAUAGAUGAUAAUAACAAUGUAAAACCUUAUAAUUAGUAUAAGGCAUGAACAUAUAUACUGUUAAAGACUGGCUACUGCUCGACCAGUGUAAUUAGCUUAUUGUCGCAAUUUCAAUAAUAAUCCACUAUAGUGCGUACGCCUUACGGCCGCCAAUGUAGAAACGUAGACGAACAAGUAAUGAUUCUAAAUUUGCUAACUUGUUAUACAGUAAAUUACAGUUAUACAAUUAAUGUAUUUUCACUUUUUCAAAUAAAAUAGGAGUAAUUAUUAUAAUCAAUUCUUUCUUAAAAAUAAAAACUGCUAUCUAUUUUUUCAGUUUAUAGCAAAAUAUGUUGUACCUAAUAAUUAGUUGAAUAUAUAAUUAUUAAUAUCUUAAAUAAUUUAUCCAAACCAGGAUUAAAUGAACUAUUUUAUUAAUGUUGUCAUCAGAUAUGGUAUGAUAAAAUAAAGGUACAUAUUAAUAAAUCAGAAAAUAAAACUAGGAGGUGUAUAGUUGAAAAAAAUGUCAACAAAACACAAACUAUCGUAUUGAAGCAUUAAUUUUUUAUAUUUAUUCUAAAUUAUAGGUACCAGAAAUUAAAAUUGUGAAAUAUAAUCAAACAAUUCUAUUCUUAUUAGUAAUUGUUUUAUUUAUAAAAGUUAACCACACUUAUUUAUACUGCAGCAUCACCAGAAUAUAUUAUAAUUUGUAUGAAAAUGUAACAAUAGGUACAUAUAAAUUAAUAUAACAUAUUAUAACAUUAUGAAUGCAGUGUAAUAAAAAUAAAAUAAAUAAAAAAUAAUUGUAUAUUUCAUCUUAAAAUAAAAAGAUAUAUGUAGUAUGUUCAAAGUUAAAUGAUGCUUAACUUAACGUAAAUUUUGAAACUUUUUUUAUCAUACCUACACACUCUUUUAAAUAUAAAUGGAGUAGGUAUUUCAGUUGGCUGUUUUUCUAUUUUAAGAGAGUAAUAGAAAAACAUGAGUUAUUCUUCAAUAACAUGUCUAUUUCAGCCUUAAAUGACAAUAGUUGGGUAUUAUUUUAAAUAGUAAUUAUGUUUUCUUGAUUAAUAAGAUUACUUUUUUUUUAAUAUUAUCAGGAUUUUUCUCAAUAAAGGUGGUUUUCUAAGGUGUAAUGGCCUUGAUAGAUAUUUAGGAUAGUUUAGGAAAAUAGAUGGCACUGUUUUUUCCUUAAGAGGAGGAAUUUUAUAUGAUGCCUGUAGGGAACAAACCAAUAAUAAAUUAAUUCAAAUAAAGUAUAGGUAAUAUUUAUUUUUUUAUUUCUUAUUCGUCUACCAAAAAUUUAAACACUAGAAUUUAUUUUAACUAAUACUCCAUCUAUUUAUGAGUUUUUUAUUAUAGUUAGCUAUUUACAGUGGAAAAAUGGUAUUUAUUUACACAGGAAUCGUAACCAGAUUUACAUCCUGAAAGACACAUCUGUAAUCCAUCAUGUUUAGUUUAUUUAAUAUUAACAAAUUAAAAAACAAACUAGAUUUUCAUAAAAUUUCAAUUAGAAUGUUCGGAUGUUCUAGUUUGUUGCGAUAUUGUUGGGCGCACGCAUAUGUGGCGCUCCUAGCGGAAUUUCUCUGUUAUGGCGACAAGCGAAUCAUAUUUUAUAUGGAUGAGAUAGCUGAGUGUAGCCCCGGUCUAUGAUAAUAUCACGGUUGUUUAUCUACAAGACUACAAUAGUACUUUAUAAUAAAAUAAUAUUUAUAUUCUAUGAUAUUAGUAUUAUGACUCAUAUAAUAUGGCCGUACUGCCGUAGUAACAUUAUCACCAAUCUUCUUAGAUCGUAUUGUUACUGUGUAAGUAUCGCUUAGACUUUGAAGAUAUAAAAAAAAUUAAAAAUUAAAAAAUGUUUUAUUAAAAUAUUACACCGCACUACAGCGGUGCCUGGCCGCCUCCCUAAAUAGACCAAAAUGUUGACACCCGGAGUAAAUGCCCCCAUUACCCCCUUCCUCCUUAAAUAGAGCCCUGGAAUACAUUUAUUAUUAAUCAUUUUUAACUGUACGCAACGAUAAAUUAUUGCUCACGAGAAGCUAUUCUGCCAAGCAAUAACCGAAGUUUGGUUAAAUAUAUUUUGAAAUGCUGUGAUUUUUACAAUAUUUGUUAAAAUUUUAACCUAUAUGACUAUUUAAACAAAACACUACUACAUUACACUCAACUUUUUUCUAACCAUCAAGUACAACUUGUGGUAAACCACGAAAGGUUGUUAUAGGAAAACUAUGUUUAAGAAAAAAUAAAAAAAAACUACUUUUAGGUACACCAUACACAGUAAUAGUUCUAUUCUGUAAUAGUUACAAUUUAUUUUCAAAAAAAAUGUCACUUGAAACCGUUUCUAGCAGAAUAGUUUUUUAAUGUUUAUAGACAAAAAAAUCCAUAAUAAUAAAAUCACAGAAUAAUGUAUUCAGAAUCUAAAAGUAGGAAGACUUGUUUAAGUUUUUUUUUUUUGGGAAGGGAAGAGGUCCACUUUAAAAUUAACAAUUGUAACUAAUUUUGAUACCUCUCAAUCUUUUAGUAAUUCAAUUAUAAACUCCCUCUGUCUAUUCGACACUGGAAUUCUCAUCAAACUAUAGGUAUAUGCACAAUUAGACGUCAAAAUGAAUAAAUGUUACUGCUGUCAUCAUCACUGUUAAAAUGUCAGUUGUUAUACUACACACAGUAAUGUGGUACUAUAAAUUAUAAUUUAUACAGAUGUAUGAUAACGCAUUUUCAAUAAUUAGGAAUUUGAGAACUAUUAACUGUUUAAAGAUUUUUCAGCUUGAGGUACAAAAUUUAAAAUUUGUCUUUAGCCCAUUCAUAUCUCAUUAGCUCAAUUCUGGCCUAUUUUAAAGUUAAUUUUAAUUUUUUUAUAGAUUGGUCCUGGAUUAGUGGUUUUAAAUUUUAAAACAAGUUUUGGACCAAUUAAAUUAAUACAAGUCGUCACGCCCGUAGAGCCAAUGAUUCAAAAAGUUGUUCAUCGUAUCUACUGCCCAUUAUAUUUGUCACUUUAUGGUUCAAUAGUUUUAUUCAUGGAAGCCUUAAUGGUAAGAUCUAAUUAUAGUUAUACAUUUUAUAUUUGAGAGGAGCAAGAUAUUUUGUAGAACAUUAAAACUCUAGAACCCUACACCUGCGUAUGCCACUGUGUGCAAUGUUACAAUUUUAUAUUGUUAUAUUAUGGUAAAGGACCUAUUCUUCUGACUUACUAUUACAGGAAUAUAUUAUAAAUGUUUCAUUUAAGUGGCUACAUUUGAUAUUUCGAAAAGUAUUGACUUUUUUCAAAACAAUUUUUGUUUUUUGACAAUUUAAAAAAUAAGGAUCUCCAAAAUGUUACAAUAUUAUUUUUUGUCACUUUCGUUUUUGGGAGUUCAACGACUACCUACUUUUGAUUUUCAAGUAGGUAGCAACCUAAACUAAAAAUUUCAUAAAUAGGUAUAUAUAAUAAGUCUAUUAGUUUAAAUACAUUUUGGUGUUGACAUUUUUGAUUUCCGUAAACCUGUCGACGAGAUAUUCCACUUGUUUGGAUAAGAGGAAAGUAGAACAUCAUUUGUGUGGCAUUACAGCACGUGAUGUUUUAUUUAUGUCCCGUUAAGAGGACAUUACACCCGUGUGUGCUGUCUCGGUUCAACUAACAGGCAGUAUAGCAACAUUUACCUUGCAAAUUACGUAGAACUUGUUUAAUUUUGGUUUUAGAGUAAAAGUACCAAUUAUAAAAUUAAAAGAUUAUUCCAAAGGGCAAGACAGUAUGUUUCUUUUUUUAAACAUUAGAGUUGUUUAAAAAUAACAAAUUAGUCUUUAUUUAUAAAUGAUGUAUUGAACGUUAUAUUCGGAAUAAUAAUUAGAAUAGAAAAAAUAGCCUUGACCACUGGAAUAUUGUCCUCUUUUUAAUUUUGUAAGUGAUUUUACUCUAAAACCAAAAUCAAAAGUUAUACACAGUCUACGUAAGAUAGAUUUUGUUAUAUUGCUUGUUAUCUUAUUGUGUUUUAAGAAAUUACACUAAAUUAAUAAUUUGUUUAAAUUACAGUUUGAGAGAGAUGUAGUUAUUUGGAACCACAAGACUUACAUUGAAAAGCCUUUAGCAUCAAAACAAGAAAUAACCCUUUUAGCACAUCGGAAAUGGUACAAACAAUUUUAUAGUAAUAAUAGCCAUAAUUUUAGCUUUAGAAAAGAAACAAUGGAUUGGUAAAUGAAUUUGUAUUUUCUAUUCCAGACAAGUUAAUAUGUAGUAAAAUAUUUAAGUGAAGAUAUAAUGUUUUAUUUAAGAAAUAUUAAGUUGGAAACAGCUAAAUAUUAUAAUAAUCUUAUAAUAUAAUAAAUUAUUUAUCUAUCGCUUGAUUGGUUUAGUUUCUUUUUCAAGCCAAGUUAAUGCUCUUUUAUCUUUUUCUAAUAAUGGUGUUAGAGUUUCUAAACACUUGCGAUGGUAUUCAUUUAAAUAGUCAAUCUGAAAUAGUUAAAAAUAAUAUUAAAUAUAUCACUGAAAAUAAAUAUUUCAUUUUUUAAUGUUAUUUAUACUUCUUUAUCGGUGAGCAAAUCGAUCACCAACAUUUUAGUUUGUAUUGGGCACAUUGUUACAGUUUCAAAUUCUAAGAAGGAUUUGUGUGACAUUUUAAAUUUAGUCGUUGAGUCUUUUAUUAACACUAUAUCUUCUAUGCGAACACCAAAAUCAUUAUCAUAAUAUCCAGGCUCUAUAGAGAAAAUAUGUUCAGUUUUAAUACACUAUUGUUUAUUUUAUAGAAUGUAAAAUAUUACCGUUUGAUAAAAACAUUCCUGGUUGUAAUCCAGGAUCAUUAGGUAUUUCUCUCCAAGAUAUUCCCAUAGGUCCUUCAUGGACAUUUAAAUAGGAGCCAAUGCCAUGUCCAGUACCAUGCAUGUAAUCUAAACCUACGUCCCAUAAAAAUUUACGGGCAUAAGAAUCUAAACAAUUUCCCUAAAAAAUAAUAAUUAUAAUAGCAGAGCGUUUUUGUAUACAGAAAAAUAUUAUUUUACUAGAAUUUUGUGAGGAAAUUUGCUCAUUGCUAAAUUUGCUUGACCUUUAAAAACUCUUGUGAAACAUUCUUUCUGAUAAUCAGUUGGUAUUCCAAAAUGUAAUGUCCUAGUUACAUCAGUUGUACCAUCUCUAUAUUGAUAAAAUAAAAAUAUUUAAUAGCAAAUUUAAAUUUAAUAAUCAUGUGAAAAAAAGAUCAUAUGGUCAAAUUCAACAAUCAUACUUACAAAAACUGACCGCCAGAAUCACACAAAUACAUUUCAUCAACACUUAAUUUUCUAUCAGUUUCUGGAUUUGGUGAAUAAUGAAUGAUUCCACCAUGAGGUCCAGAUGAAGAAAUUGUUUCAAAACUUGGACCCACAAAGUCUUCUUGUAAACUAUU